AGAUAUUCCAAAUCAUAUGAAAAUAUAUUGAAAUUGUUAUAAAAAUCACAACAAAAAUAAAGUUAAAAUCAAAAUGAAGGCUGAAGAAAAAACUGUCAUACCCAGAGUUCGUAUAGCAGUGAUUGGUAAUGCAGAUGUCGGCAAAUCCGCACUUACAGUACGUUAUCUGACAGGUCGUUUUAUAGGAGAAUAUCGUUCAAAUACAGAUUUGUUAUACAAUAAAACAAUAACAUUGGAGACAGGACUGACGGAAGUUGAAAUUGUUGAUGUUUAUGCCGGAAGUGUUGAUGGUGAUGAGCAUGAAAAUGAAUUUCCCAUGGAACAAGUUUUAUGGUCAGAUGCCUGCAUGAUUGUCUAUAAUAUAACACAACGUGGCAGUUUUGAAUAUGCGGCCAAAUGUUUGGCCGAAUUUAAAUCACUACAGAAUGCACCCACAGCAUAUUUGGUGGGGAAUAAGGCCGAUUUGGAUCAUUUGAGAGAGGUCCACGAAAAAGAAGGUGCUGCUUUAGCGGCUGCCCAUUCGAUUGGCUUCUGUGAAGUUUCGGUAGCCGAGUACACACCCACCCUUUAUAAAGCAUUCGAGAAGCUCAUAAUCGAUUCUAAGGCAAGGCCACAAAAACAAAAUCGUAAAUUUUCGGUUAGUAAAAUGUUGGGCACACUUAUCGGCAAUAAUAGUUAUAAUCAAAAAACCAUGGCCAUUAACCAGGGCACCGUAGUGCCCUGUCACAAAGGAGAACUACACAAGUCGAGAGUUUUAAAAAGACGUCAGGGAUUUACGGCCACUACCAGUCUGUGACCAGCAGCAGCCAAUGAUGGCUGGUAAAUUUAAAAUAUAAACAACAACAACAACAACGUUAAAGCCAAAGAGUUAUAAGACGCCUAAGCAAACAGAAACAGAAUUAAAACAGGAGAUUUUUUUUAAUAGAUGAUCAUAAUUGAUUUUGCAAUUAUGAUUAAGCUAAAUUAGCAUUACUUUUUUUAUAUAGAAAAAUAGCUAUAAGAGUUAUAAAUUUAAAAGAAAAAAUAUUUUGUAAAUUUUUUAUAUUAACAAAUGAGGAAUUGAGAAGUUUUGAGAGGAAAUAUUGAAGGAAUUUAUUAAAGUACUUGGUACUGGCUUAAUUACUUAAUUUAUUUAAUAUUUUGCUAAUUAUUUUGCUUAAUUUUUUUUAAGGCAAACCUACUCUAAUCUUACUCAUUUAAGAUAUUUUGUUUAAGUUAAACUUAUAAAUGGAAAGAAAAAGAUAAUGUUUUUGUUUUCUAAGUUUUAUUAGAAAAUUGGAGAAUAUUUUUUUACCUUAAAAAAGAAGUUAAAAAAUAAUUAAUUUGUAUUUAAAUGGAAUUUUGAAUGAAGAAAAACCGAAAACUGAAAA